AACUGUCAAACGCUAAAAUCGUCCAUUAGUCCGUCACACGGACGACGCCAUAUUUGAUUAAUUUAAUUGUUGGAUCAUACCAAACUGACGCUAUAGCUUGAAUUUUGUUCCGAAUGGAAAACAGUGUUUCUUCAUAAUUAUAAAAUUUACGUACCAUCUGCAUAAGAUAUAAAUAUUAUGUCGGGAGGUAGCGGCAACAAUAGAAAUGAGUGCAGAAUAUAUGUCGGUAACUUACCUCCGGAUAUUAGGACAAAGGACAUACAAGACCUAUUUUACAAAUUCGGCAAAGUUACAUUUGUCGAUUUGAAGAACAGGAAAGGGCCACCAUUCGCUUUCGUCGAGUUUGAGGAUCCUAGAGAUGCUGACGAUGCAGUCCGCGCCCGCGACGGUUACGACUAUGAUGGGUACAGACUACGCGUGGAGUUUCCUCGCGGUGGCGGCGGUGGAGGCAUGAGAGGAGGCCGAGGAGGACCCGAGCGGUUCGGAGCCAGGACAGCGACCAGGGGACCUCCCGCUCGCCGAUCAGAAUACCGUGUGCUCGUCACUGGACUACCACCAUCAGGGUCCUGGCAGGACUUGAAAGAUCAUAUGCGGGAAGCGGGUGAUGUCUGCUUUGCCGAUACCUUCAAAGAUGGCACAGGUGUGGUGGAGUUUCUACGUCACGAGGAUAUGAAGUAUGCUGUUAAGAAAUUGGAUGACUCAAGAUUCAGGAGCCAUGAGGGCGAGGUGUCGUACAUACGUGUGAAGGAGGACUACGGGGGCGGCGGUGGUGGCGGUGGCGGUGGUGGUGACAGUGAGAGCGUGUGGUGUGGGUGCAGGUCCCGGUCGUACUCCCCGCGGCGGCGCGGCUCCCCGACGUACUCCCCGGUGCGUCGCUCGUACUCGCGCUCCCGCUCGCGCUCCCGCUCCCCCUACUGAGGCGCUCUCCUACACACCAGCGCCAGCCGCAGCAGCCAGCGCCGGAGCAGCAGUCGUCCGACUAGACUAGUUACACUAGCUCUACACAUAACUAGCUCUACAUAUUUCACGGCCCGUUGCAACCACGCUCUUAUCUGUACAAUUUUCGGCUCGUCCCUAAAGCGAUGUAUGUACUGUGUAGCUAGAUGUUUAUACCUGUUCAUAUCAUGAAAUUAUGGAUUCAAUUUGAUCUGUGUUAUUGUAGUUGAUAUUAAUGUUAU